AUGAACAACCCAUACGACAGUCCCCCUGCCUCACCCCGGUACACAACCCUCGGCCUAAACUCUCCAACCCUCUCCUCCGCACAGCAGAUCCACCUCCAACCUCCUUCUACUCCCUUCGGAGAGAUCAAGCUGAUCGGCGCUGGACCCGGUGACCCCGACCUGUUGACCAUGGCCGCCUACAAGGCCAUCACCAACUGGGCUGAUAUCGUUCUCGCCGACAAGUUGGUCUCCAAGGAGAUCUUGGCUCUGGUGAAAUGCCAGCUUUUUGUUGCGAAUAAGGAUAAGGGCUGCCAGGCUUCGGGUCAACAAGAGUUGUUUGAAAGGGCGACGCAGGCGUUGAAGCAGGGCAAGAAGGUUGUUCGUCUGAAGCAAGGAGAUCCAUUCAUUUUCGGACGUGGAGGAGAAGAGUUCCUAUUCUUCCGCCGUCUCGGUUACGAAGCAACCAUCGUCCCUGGUCUCUCCUCUAGCAUCGCAGGACCCCUCCUGGCCCAGAUCCCACUCACCCACCGCGGAAUCGCGUCUCAGUUUCUCGUCUGCACAGGAACAGGAAAACUCGAUACCAUCCCCGACAUGCCGGCCUAUGUUGCCUACCGGACUACCGUCUUUCUGAUGGCACUCCAUCGACUCGAGGAUCUGGUUCAGGACUUGAUCAGGGCCGGGUAUCCACUCGACUUGCCCGUCGCGAUUGUCGAACGAGCCAGUGCAAAGGAUCAACGCUGCAUCCGGGCCACAGUCGAGACCGUGGUUAAGACACUCAAGGAGGCCAAAUACAGACCUCCUGGAAUCCUGAUCGUCGGUUGGGCUUGCGAUGCCCUGGCCCAGAACCCCGAGCAACUGGGAGGAUUGACGGAAGGCUCUUCGGCAAUCACGGACUCUCAGGAAUAA